AUGGCUCUCCUGAAACUCUCCAAGACUCGCGAGGAUGACUUGCUGCGAGACAGCACCUCUGACCAACAAGAGCUCUUCGUCCAAGCAGCGACGGCUGAGAAGAAGCCAACCGAAGCUCCAAAAAUGCCAAACAACGUUGUUGCCCACGAACUUCUCGCCGAAGGAUCUAGAAUGAACCCAAAAAUUGAGAACUACUUGAAUGCCCAGCGUCUUCUUUCUGGAAAUGCUCAAGCCGAGCAACGUUUGCUCGAGCUGAACUCCGCUUCUCAAAUCAAUCGCGGACCAGACGGAGUUUUCCAAUCGUCUCGCCUCCACUUCGACAUGCUUCUCAACCGCGACGAAUCCAUCUUCCCAUCCGAUUACCUGAACUUCGACGCCAAGAUGAAACGCUAA